AUGUGCGUCCUAACAACUAUGUACUAUAGCAUAUCCAUGGCGUCUAAUUUGAGCGAUCGUCCUGCAUGGAAAAGCAUACAUGGCCUGUUUCGUAUGAUCGGGGUUUGCAUUUACAGUGUAAAAGGCAUCGGUGUAAUACUACCAAUAGAAAACCAUAUGCGAAGACCUCAAUAUAUUAGCACUGUGGUGCAGUGUGGUAUGCCCAUCGUCGUGAUCCUCGUCACUGUCAUCGGCUUCUUUGGCUAUUGGGCUUGGGGUGAAGAAUGUCGAUCACCAUUCACUACUCACAUGCCAUCAUAUACG